AUGCGGGCGCAAUUGCGGCGCAAGCGGGUGCGGCGCAAGCAGGGUCUCCAACAGAAGCUGGGCCGCGCAGGACUGGGCGUCAAGAGGCGGCGCUUGGGGCAAGCGGCGCAGGGGAGCCGGGAAAGGGCGGCGGAAGGAAACGAACCCAUCGCGGGGGUGAUCCCCGCGGGAGUGCCCAUCCCCCCUUCGGGAGUAGCGUACGCUGGCGCGGUGCCAGGCGCAGCAGGCGGAGCAGCUGGCGGAGCUUCCGCCAGUGUACCCGCGGAUGCGGUCGCCCCCGCAGGGGGCGCAGUCCAUGCGCCUGGCGCUGGUUUUCCGCCCAUGGGAGGAGGGCAGAUAGUAGGCGGCGCAAUGGGAGGGGCGCAGCUGGGGGAAGUGGUUGAUAUGGGGGGAAUUGGCGGAGGGAUGGGGGGGAUGGGCGGAGGGAUGCGCGGGGGAAUGACAGGCGGAAUGGUGGGCGGAAUGGGUGGUCAACCACCGGAAUGGCCUCGGAGGAGACAGACGGGCACAGAUAAAAGUAGGUACAACUAUGCCUCCGCGAAUCACGGUGCCAAAAUUGUGGACUGCAGCAGUGAGGCGAAACGACCCCAGGCCGUUUUAGACGAGGAUAAGGACAAGUACUUACGCAUCCCGUGCAGUGUAGCGAACAAGUUCCUCGUUAUAGAGCUCUCUGAGUUCCUAGCGCGGAUAGAAACGAUUGUACUAGCCAAUUACGAGUUCUACGCCUCUUCCACAAAAGACUUUGAAGUCUGGGCGAGCAGAAAUUACCCCUCGGAUCGUUGGCACUUUCUGGGAAACUUCUCAGCGCAGAGCGUGCGGACGCCCCAGGCGUUCGAGGUGACAGGCAGCGGAGAUCUAGGGGAUUCAGUGCGGUACGUAAUGGUGCGGCAGCUGUCGCACCACGGGGCGGAAUUCUUCUGUACGCUGAGUCUGGUGCGAGUGCACGGGGUGAAUGAGCUAGAUGGGCUCAGGGAGGAGAUGGAGGCAAUGACUAGGAUGAUGGGGGCGGGCAGGCAGGCCAUGCCUGCUGCUCCUCCGGGCAGGCAGGGUGUUGCUGCUGCUGCUGCUGUGCCGACGCUACCGGUGGUUCCUCGGGCGGUUAUCGCUCCAGUGGUUACCACUCCUCAAGCGGUUACCAUCCCUCAAGUGGUUACCACUCCUGAAAUGGUUACCACUCAAGAGGUUAUCACUCCACAAGUGGUUACCAUUCCCCAUGUGGUGACGGUGGGGUCUGUGGGCUUAGAUGGUUCAGUGGGUUCAGAGGGUUCCAGAGCGGUGCCAGCCCAGGCAGAGGGGUCUGAUCCACCGUCCACUGUUGGACCUUCUGAGCAAUUGCCGCCACUCUCUGUGCCCGCCGCUGCAGAAGCAGCAAGCGCUGCUGCUCCCACAAGCUCUGCCUCUUUUCAUGAAUCUUCCCAACCCGUCCAGACUCCCCAUCCUCUUCCUGCCUCUCCGCCUCCCCCUCCUGCUGCUCCUUCUGCUGCUCCUCCCAAAGAUGCGGCCGCGUCUGCAGCUUCUCCUGCUGCGGCUGCUGCAGAUGCGCCUGUUGCCACUUCCAGUGAGUCAGCAGGCGCUCCAAGCAACACAGGGGCGAGUGAGGAACCUGGGAGCACAAGGGGCAGCAUGGCCGACAAUGGGAGUUCCACAGGUGCACCUGGCGCCAUCGCACAACCACCAGCUUCUGGCUCUGUCCCUUUGGGAAACUCGCCUGCUGCGGAAGCUGCCUGUGGGAAGGCCGAGGAGCAGUCUGGUGGGAGCAGUAGAGUGGGCGUAGAAGGAGGAGAAGAGGCAGGUGUGGUGUAUGGGGGGGUGGAAGAGCGCGGUGGGUUGAUCCAGCGCGGUACUGAGAGGGAGGGGGGAGGGAGCAGCGAGGGCAGCAGGGAAGGCAGCAGUAGAGUGGUGCCUGAGGAAGGAGUGGAUUCGGUAAGGAGUAUUGGUGGCAGUGGCGGCAGGAACAACAUCAGUGGUAGAGGCAACGUCACGAGCGGCAGUAGCAGCACAGGGGACAGUGGUAGCAGCAACGCCACCACAGGGAGAAAUGGAGGCUCGAUUCAGAGCGGGGGGGAAGUGGAGGGGAGGGAAGCGGAGAAGCUGAUGAUAAGUACGAAAGCAAAGGGGACAGUUGACAAGGGGAGUGUUGAGGGGAAAUCUGGUGCGGUUGCGGCAGGUGAAGCGGCUGGGGAGGAGGGGAGGACGGGGGGAAGGCAUGGGGUGGGCAGGUUGGGAGAGGGAGUGAGUGAGAAGCUGGCUGGGAAGGGAGAAGGUGCAGGAUGUGCGUCUGUGGAUGGAGUAGCAGGGCACAGGGGAGCAGCAGCGGGGGCAGAUGCUGCUUCUGGGUGUGAUGCUGGGGGAGGUGUGGAGAUGGGUGCGGCUGUGGUAGGAGACGGUUCCAAUGUAGAAAGGGCACGUUCUGAGGCAGGCGUGGGGGCAGGCGUGUGGGCAGGCGCUGAGGCAAGCGUUGAAGCAGGCGCUGUGGCAGGUGGUGAGGGAGGUGGUGGGGGAGGUGGUGGGGGAGGAAUAGGGGAGGUGAAGCGUGAAGGCGGAUUUUCAGCACCAGUGAGCGGAGAAGGUAGUGAGAAGCUUUCUUCUUUGGAGGAGGAGGUGACAGGAGCUUCAGAAGGGCGAGAAGCGAAGGGAGGGAGUGGGGUGGAAGGAGGAAGGGAAGGCAGCGGGGCGGAGGAGGAGCAGAGUGAUUCUGGUGGUGAUGGGAGUGAGCCGGCUAGACGAGAGUUUGGGGGAAUGAGAGAAGCUGAGGGGGGAGAUUUGAAGUUGCUGGGUAAGGGAUUAGGUUCGGAUGAGGCUAGACACGUGGCAGGGGAGAAGCAGGAGAAUGUGGGGGAUGUGGGAAGGGGAGUGAGAGAGGAAGUGGGCGAGGGUAAGGAGGCUCGGUUGGGGAGAGGCGAGUUGGAAGCAGCCGUUGGGGAUGGCAGAGGCUCGUCUCUGACUGGUUUAGUUAAAGGAGAAGAGAAGGCAGAGGCAGAGGCAGAGGCAGAGACAGAGACAGGGGCAAGGGCAGGGGAGGGGGCAGAGGCAGGGGCAGAUGCAGUGGGAGGGGCCAAGCCGGAGGCAGCGGCAAAGGCAGAUCCCAGCAUUGGGUCUGGCGGUGGGAUCUCUGUUUCUGCUUCCCAAGAGCCGCAAGGUCAAGCAGGCGAUGUUGAUAUGGUAGGCAGCAAGGCAGCUACAGGAUCUGCUUCAUCUAGUCGGGUAGGUGUCCCCCCCACUGCUCCCUCCAUGCCAUCCGCUGCCACACCCUCACACCAGGGCUCUGCCCCCGGGGCUGGUUCAUCUGGUGGGGCAGGUGCGCUGGGAGAGGGAGGUUCGGAAGUUAUGGAAGGUUCGGGUGAAAAGGCAGGUGCAAAUGGGAGGGCAGGAGCACGUGAAAGGGAGGCAGGAGAAGCAAAGAUGGAUGGGGAGAAUGGAGGGGAGGGGGAGCGAGUCAGAAGCAAUGUGGUGGAGGGUGGAGGGGGGAGCAGUCUGGGAGCUGCUCCUUCAGGUGGAUUGUCAGGUAGUUUAUCCGACAAGGUAGAGAGCGUUCAGGUGAAAACAGCAGGGCCAGGCGUGGAGCAGGCGUCACCAUCGGCAGCAGCAGCAGAUGGCCGGCAGACAGGUGCUUUUGAUGCGGGCGGCAAUAAAAUCCAAGAAUAUCGGGAAGAGCGACCUACAGCAGGCGACAGGAGUCAGAGAGAAGAUAGCAGUGUUGUAGUCAACAGGAAAACAAUAGAGAAUGGUGGAAAGCCCAUUAAGGAGGAUGUUGUUUCCUUACAACCAGACACUACAGCUGAGGUGGAUGGGACUGACAAUGAGCCAGAGGCGAAGCGCGGGAGCAGCACCACCAUCACCAGCAGCACCAGCAGCAGCACCAUCACCAGCAGCAUCAGCAGUGGGGUAGGAGGGGAUGCAAGUAGCACAGCAGCAGGCAAUAAAGAGACGGGUACUGGCACAAUGGCCGCCAGUGGGACAGCCACUGAUGCGACAGCAAGCACUGCAGUAGGCAAUAACGGAGCCCUCAUUAGUGGAGCUCAGGUGGUCACCAGUACCACCCCCUUCAGCAUCAGCAGCAGCGGCAGCAGCUUUGCCGGUGCUGCCAGCAACCUGUAUGGGCUCAAGUCGCUGAUGCACAUGGUGAGGCAGUGGGAGGACAAGCAGGCGGUGCUGGAGCAGUAUAUUGAAGACAUGGCUGCAUCGUACGCAGCUAACCUUGCUUCUACGGAUGCUGAGCUGCUCUCGUUGAGGACUCGCCUGCGGAAUGCUACUGGUACCAUCGCAGGGCUGCAGGUGCAGCUGCAGAAUGCGGAGCGGCGGCAUGGGAAGGAUUUGGAGGACGUGCGAAAGGAUGUGUCUGAACAAAUGGAGAGCCUUCAACAAAGCAUCAAUAAUGCCAGAAAUAAUGCCCGUGUACUCUUGUUUCUGUCAGUGAACUGUUGUUUCUGCCCGUAUACUCUCGCUACUGCCCGUCUACCCUCGCGCGGCGCGCUGCAGAUGAAGCAGCCAAUAGCGGUGGAGGAUGUGGAGCGGGAGGUGAAGAUCCUGCAGCUGUUGUCGGGCCAUCCCAACGUGGUUCAGUUUAUCGACGUCUUUGAAGACACGGAACUCGUGUACAUUGCCAUGGAGUUAUGUGAAGGAGGAGAGCUGCUUGACAGGAUUCUGGGCAAGAAGGACAACCGGUACUCGGAGAAGGACGCUGCGAGUGUGGUGAGGCAGAUGCUCAACGUGGUGGCGCGCUGUCACCUGAACGGCGUCGUGCACCGCGACCUCAAGCCCGAGGUGCGAUCAUUGUGA